GCUCUCCUCCCACCGAACGUUCUUGCCUCUCUCUCUCUCUCUCUCUCUCUCUCGUGCUCAGGCGAUUUCUAGGGUUUUCGCUUUCCGGUUGGUGACGACUGUCGAGGACAUAAACAAAUUGAUACGGAAAUUUAGACUUAUUCCGUCCAUGGUGGUAUCCACGGCUCCUUCCUGUGGGUUUCCCGUGCUAUUAACACUAAUACCAAAUUCCAUCCUUCCGUUGUAAUGAUUCUGUUCUGUUCACCGGUGGAUGGCUCGUUUGCGCUGUUGUAUUUCCCAUUUCGUUAUUCUCUUCACUCUUAUACCCCUUGCCACAAACCCUAUCCUAGCAUCCACAAACAACAACUCCGACGGUGGUGAUUUCUCCAUUGUCGAUUUUGAUUCCAAUCUCUUCCACCAGGAUUACUCCCCCCCGGCCCCACCGCCACCACCACCUCACCCGCCGUCAGUUUCUUGCGCCGAUGACCUCGGUGGAAACGGCUCCCUCGACACCACGUGUCAGAUAGUAAGCGAUUUGAAUCUCACCCGCGACGUGUACAUAGCUGGGAAGGGCAAUUUUUACGUCCUACCGGGGGUGAAAUUCCAUUGUCCAAGUCCUGGUUGUGCAAUAACGAUCAACAUUACCGGUACUUUUAGUUUAGGCAUCAAUUCGUCAAUUGUGACCGGAGCUUUCGAGCUCGGGGCGCAUAACGCGAGCUUCCUUAAUGGUUCGGUGGUGAACACGACGGGGUUGGCGGGCAAUCCGCCACCAGAGACCAGCGGAACGCCACAGGGGGUAAGCGGAGCGGGUGGGGGACACGGCGGCAGGGGUGCAUGUUGUUUGGUAGACGAGACGAAGCUCCCGGAGGACGUGUGGGGCGGAGACGCGUACUCGUGGUCCUCGCUGCAGAAGCCGACUAGUUACGGGAGCAGGGGUGGGACGACGAGCAAGGAGGCGGACUAUGGUGGGCUAGGCGGUGGGCGGGUCAAGAUGGAGAUUUUGGGGCAUGUUGUGGUGGAGGGGAGUAUUUUAGCGGAUGGAGGUGAUGGAGGGACGAAAGGUGGAGGUGGCUCUGGCGGCAGCAUCCUCAUCAAGGCGUAUAGAAUGACUGGCAGUGGCAGGAUAAGUGCCUGUGGAGGUAAUGGUUAUGGCGGUGGUGGCGGAGGAAGAGUUUCAGUUGAUGUUUUCAGCCGGCAUUAUGAUCCGAAACUUUUUGUGCAUGGAGGAAGUAGUUUUGGCUGUCUGGAGAAUGCAGGUGCUGCUGGGACUUUGUAUGAUGCUCUUCUCCGGAGCCUUAUUGUCAACAAUCAUAACAUAUCAACAAAUACGGAGACACUUCUUUUGGAGUUUCCCAAUUUACCCCUUUGGACUAAUGUUUAUAUUCAAAAUAAUGCCAGGGCUACCGUUCCAUUGCUUUGGAGUCGUGUCCAGGUUCAAGGACAGAUAAGUCUGUUGCGUGGUGGAGUGUUGAGCUUUGGGCUUGCACAUUAUGCUUCAUCUGAGUUUGAGUUAUUGGCAGAAGAACUGUUGAUGAGUGAUUCUGUGAUCAAGGUGUAUGGGGCUCUACGCAUGUCUGUGAAAAUAUUCUUGAUGUGGAAUUCCACAAUGUUCAUAGACGGUGGCGAUGAUGCAACACUGGCCACAUCUUUGCUUGAGGCUAGUAAUUUAAUCGUUCUCAAGGAAUCGUCUGUCAUACAUUCUAAUGCAAAUCUAGGAGUUCAUGGACAAGGUCUGCUGAAUUUAUCAGGACGAGGGGAUUGGAUUGAAGCACAACGACUGGUUCUAUCGCUAUUUUACAGUAUUCAUGUUGGACCUGGAUCUGGUUUGCGUGGUCCCUUAGAGAAUGCAACAACUGAUGCUGUGGUACCGAGACUCCAUUGUGAAAACCAAGAUUGUCCUGUUGAACUGCUUCAACCCCCCGAAGACUGCAAUAUGAACUCAUCAUUGUCCUUCACUCUUCAGAUCUGUCGAGUUGAGGAUAUAUCUGUUGAAGGCCUGAUAAAAGGAUCUGUUGUUCAUUUCCAUAGAGCAAGAACUAUUAAUGUGCAGUCUUCUGGAAUGAUUAGCGCAUCUGGGAUGGGCUGCACUGGUGGUGUGGGCAGAGGACAUGUUCUGAGCAAUGGUAUCGGCAGUGGUGGUGGGCAUGGUGGUAAAGGUGGGGCGGGUUGCCACGAUGGUCAUUGUGUUGAGGGUGGUAUCACAUAUGGUAAUGCAGAUUGGCCUUGUGAACUUGGUAGUGGAAGUGGAGAUGAGAGCUCAGCUGGUUCUACUGCAGGUGGUGGUGUCAUAGUAAUGGGUUCAUUGGAGCAUCCUUUAUCAAGUUUGUCCAUUGAAGGCUCGGUGAUUGCAGAUGGAGAAAGUUUUAAAGGAACAAGGGGAAAGGUAAAUUUUGCUAUUGCAAAUGGUUCAAAUGGAGGCCCUGGAGGAGGGUCUGGUGGAACAAUACUUAUGUUUUUGCAUACACUAGAACUUGAUGAGUCUGCUAUUCUUUCGAGUGUUGGAGGGUCUGGUGGUCCCAUUGGGGGUGGAGGAGGUGGGGGUGGAAGGAUUCACUUUCAUUGGUCUGAGAUUCCUACUGGUGAUGUAUACCAGCCCAUUGCUACGGUGAAAGGUAGCAUCCAUGCAAGGGGAGGGGUUGGUAGAGAUGAAGGUCGUGGUGGAGAAAAUGGGACGGUGACCAGUAAAGCUUGCCCUAAAGGACUCUAUGGUAUUUUUUGUGAGGAAUGCCCCGCCGGCACAUAUAAGAAUGUUACUGGAUCUGAUAGAGCACUUUGUCAACGUUGUCCUGAUCAAGAGCUUCCCCAUCGUGCUGUUUACAUUGCUGUCCGAGGAGGUGUAGCUGAAACUCCUUGUCCUUAUAGAUGCAUCUCAGACAGAUAUCACAUGCCACACUGUUAUACGGCUCUUGAAGAGUUGAUUUAUACAUUUGGUGGACCUUGGUUAUUUGGUCUUUUUCUUAUGGGUCUCCUCAUUCUGUUAGCACUGGUGCUUAGUGUUGCAAGAAUGAAAUUUUUUGGGGUUGAUGAAUCACCAGGACCGGCUCCCACUCAACAUGGCUCUCAAAUAGAUCACUCCUUCCCUUUUCUAGAGUCUCUGAAUGAGGUUCUGGAAACAAACAGAGCUGAAGAGUCCCAGAGUCAUGUGCAUCGAAUGUAUUUCAUGGGUCCAAAUACUUUCAGUGAACCUUGGCAUCUCCCUCACAGACCUCCAGUACAAAUAAAAGAGAUUGUAUAUGAGGGUGCAUUCAAUGCGUUUGUGGAUGAGAUUAAUGCUAUAGCUGCAUAUGAAUGGUGGGAGGGAGCAAUAUACAACAUUCUUUCUGUCCUUGCAUAUCCCCUUGCAUGGUCAUGGCAACAUUGGCGUCGGAGAUUGAAGUUGCAGCGCUUGCGUGAAUUCGUUAGAUCAGAGUAUGAUCAUGCUUGCUUACGUUCUUGCCGUUCACGUGCUCUCUAUGAAGGGAUUAAGGUAGCUGCUACUUCUGAUUUAAUGCUAGCAUACGUGGAUUUCUUCCUUGGUGGGGAUGAAAAGAGAACUGAUCUUCCUCCUCGCUUGCAUCAAAGACUUCCAAUAUCAUUACCGUUUGGAGGCGAUGGAAGUUACAUGGCUCCUUUCUCACUACACAGCGAUAACAUUCUCACGAGCCUUAUGAGCCAGUCAGUCCCACCUACCACAUGGUAUCGAUUAGUGGCUGGUUUGAAUGCACAAUUGCGCUUAGUUCGUCGUGGAUGGAUAAGAGUAACAUUUCGACCUGUUCUCAGAUGGCUUGAAACUCAUGCCAAUCCUGCAUUGAGGAGCCAUGGCAUUCGUGUUGAUCUUGCUUGGUUUCAAGCUACAGCUUGUGGCUAUUUCCAGUAUGGACUUUUGGUGCAUGCCGUUGAAGAAGAAAAUGACUCUGCUCCAUUUGGAAACCUUGGUGGUGCUAUUCAAACUGAGCAACAUUCACGUCUGAAAAGCACUUACAGGGAAAAUGCAUCCAGUCAUCUCAGAGAAGAAUCACACUUAAACCGUGCACACAGAACCAGGGAAAGUUUAAUGAGACGGAAAAGGACGUAUGGCAUCAUUAUAGACUCUAACAGCUUACAAGUAGUUGAGGAAAGGAGAGAGAUAUCUUAUCUUCUCUCUUUUAUGCUUCAUAAUACUAAACCUGUUGGCCACCAGGAUCUCGUUGGCUUGGUUAUCUCUAUGCUUCUUUUAGGAGAUUUUAGCCUAGUACUGCUUACUUUGCUCCAAUUGUAUUCAUAUUCACUGGGAGAUGUCUUCCUGGUUUUGUUUGUUCUCCCUCUCGGUGUUCUCCUCCCAUUUCCUGCUGGAAUCAAUGCUCUAUUCAGUCAUGGACCUAGGCGAUCUGCAGGCCUUGCACGAGUCUAUGCAUUGUGGAAUAUUACGUCCUUGAUUAAUGUUGUGGUUGCAUUUCUUUGUGGAUAUGUCCACUAUAGCACUCGAUCAUCACCUAGUAGAAAACAACCCAACUUUCAGCCAUGGAAUAUUAGCAUGGAUGAAAGUGAAUGGUGGAUUUUUCCGGCUGGACUGGUUUUAUGUAAAUUAUUGCAAUCCCGACUUAUCAAUUGGCAUGUGGCAAAUCAGGAGAUCCAAGACCGUUCAUUGUAUAGCAACGAUUUUGAACUGUUCUGGCGGUCAUAAUUAUAGUUUUUAAAGAAGGUGGUGUCUCCGCAUUAACAUGUUUUUUUUUUGUCGUCGGCAUUUUUUUUUAGAGUCGGUGAACGAUUGACAUAUAGAUUAGAGUCCUUGAGAAAGAAAAAGAAAAAGAAAAUAGAGAGAGAGAGAGAGAGAGAGAGAGAGAGAGAGAGAGAGAGAGAGAGAUUAUUGUAAUCCCUUUUGAACAAACAAAGCGAGCAUACAUGUGAAAUUAUUUAGUGCAGUCUUUAUUCCUACAGGGAAAAAUCUAGUGUAGUGUACCCA